GCCAUGUCCAGUACCCCUCUCUCAACGAGCAAGCAGCUCCCGCCGCUCGAUGCAGUCGCUGCUACUCCUGUCGCGCCACCGUCUGAGGCUGAGGACUCAUGCAUCUCGGACCUGGCGUCGGGUCAGCCAACACAGUCCCAAACGACUGGCCGCCUACGGCGGUGGGCUGAUACUGUGCUGCACCAUAUUAGGCGACACACCGGCCUGGGCGUCAUCUGCGCCGUUGCUUAUUUUGAUCCGGGUAAUUGGUCUGUCGAUCUCGAAGCUGGUUCAGAAUUCGGAUAUAAGCUGCUCUUUGUCGUCCUACUCGCAGGCCUCAUGGCAGUAGUGUUCCAAUCAAUGGCAAGCAGGCUCGGCUGUGUCACUGGUCUAGAUCUAGCCGCACACUGUCGGCUUCUCUUAUAUAAUCGAUCAAAACAUCCGCGACUUGUCCGUUGGCUGGUACUCUAUCCACUGUAUGCACUCAGCGAGGUGGCAAUUAUCAGUACGGAUUUAGCAGAGCUUCUGGGUAGUGCAACCGCGCUGUCUUUACUCUUCCCGGCCAUCCCAUUAUGGGCAGGUGUUCUAAUUACUGCGUCGGAUGUCUUCGUCGUACUGGCACUUUGUAGCCCAACACGAGGCCAGAGCCAACCCCAACGCGUUUUCGAGCUGUUAAUCGCUGUGCUCGUUUUCGCUGUCUUCGUCUGUUUGAUCUUCGUGAUUGCAGAGGUAAAGCCGAACUGGGGAGAUGCGUUCUACGGCUAUGUACCUUCAUCAACAAUUGUCAAGCCGGGGGCUCUCUAUACUUCCAUUGGGAUCAUAGGAGCAACAGUAAUGCCCCACGGUCUUUUCUUAGGCUCCUCAUUAGCUACGCAAAACCGAGUCUCCGCUCCUCACCAUGCCCCCGAGAAAGACAAGCAGCCUUUUAUUGUUAGUGCUGAUUCACUUCCAUCGACACUUGGUCACACAUACAAGAAGCCGUGCUCUCUUUUCUUUGUGAACAAACAGUGGCUACGAUCCGCCUUUCGUUCCUGGCGUUUAAACGAUGCUGAAGAGUCGGAUUUACCAAAUGAUGAGGACGGCCAUGCAGGAUGGCAGAAUAACUCGUACUCAUUCGUCCGUGCCCAUCUACGACAUGGUAUCGUUGAUAUCGUGUUAAGUUUGCUCGGAUUUGCGGUCGUGAUUAAUUCCUUGAUUUUGAUAAUCGCAAGUGCUGUCUUCUUCUAUGGCUCAGGUGAAAACGGCGGUGGUAGUAGUAGUGUUGCUGAUUUAUUUGAGGCAUACGCGCUAAUCAGACAACGUGUUGGAAAGGCGGCAGCGGUUCUCUUCGCCCUCGCUCUUCUAUGUGCGGGCGAGAGUGCUGGUAUCACAGCCACUCUAGCAGGUCAGAUCGUAUCCGAAGGGUUCCUCAGAUGGCACGUUUCCCCCGUUAUUCGCCGAGCACUCACGCGCCUCAUCGGCCUUAUUCCUUCGAUGCUCGUAGCCGCGAUAAUGGGCAGAGCGGGUUUGAAUGCACUGCUGGUUGCGUCCCAAGUUGUGUUGUCUUUCGUGCUUCCAUUUGUUGCCUUCCCACUCGUAUGGAUAACAUCGAACUCAAAAUUAAUGUCUGUUCGGCGGGGAUCGGGGCCGGGAGAGCGAGAUGAUCCCCUCGGCGGGCCAGGCGGGGAUUUACGACGAGUUGCUGAUCCGGAAUCAAAUGAAUACGAGAUGGUUGAUUACAGCAACGGAAAAAUGGUGAUGAUCAUUGGAUAUGCGAUUUGGCUCCUCGUACUUGUUGCCAAUGCCUACCUGUUGGUUACAUUGGCUAUGGGCGAGAACACUUGUAAGUCCCUUCUCUGAAUUGAGAACGAUAAAUGUCUAAUUGUUUGCCAGGACAAUUUGUAGGACAUCGUUAUGCUUUCUUUUAUCUGAUCGUGUUCACUUCGGAAUUCAGUCGAUACCACGCUUUGUUUGUGCUUUGUCGGGUCGUACAGUUGUACAAAUUGAAAUUGAAAGAAUGUAGAAAUUUGGCAUUGACUUGGCUGUUUUAAACUAAGUGUAAUUUCUAAGCGAAGCAAUGCCAUUUUAUGACGGAUAUAGCUCUUCCUUCGUGCUGAUGCCAAGCUCAUCCCUCACGCCCUUGAGCUCCUCCAAAUACGCCUCGUACUGCUUCUUGUUUUCCACUUUCUCUUUGAUACCCUCGAAAAUACGGACAGCAGUCGAGUAAUCGUCAACACGUCGCGCAGCGCGGAGGGCAGCCUCAAUGACUUCGGGAGCAGGGACAAGGUCAUGGGCGAAGCAGUUAUUAAGACCGCGCUGGAGCUCGAAAAGGUCCUCGACGGACUUGAAGAAAGCGACGUAACGCUGAGUGAAGGACUCAAAUGUCUCCUGGUGGUGGGUAUCGCUGCUCAUGUUACGGCGAGCGAGCAAGACUGCUGAAGGGCGUACGCGCCAUGCGGCUGGGGUACGCGCAACGCGCGAAGCACGGAGCGCAGAGGAGAGGAAGCGAGCGUUCAUCGUCGUCCGCGAAGGGGCAGCGUGUAGGAUUCUUUCUAGUCGAAGAAAGCGUAGACUAGCUUCACGACGUGUUUUCAACUCAACUGGACUCGAGGCGGCGGAAAAGACCGUGGGACAGGAUCCGGUUCGGUCCGGCAUACGGAUCAAUUUUGAUGGUGUACCUACUGUUAGAUAAGGCAGGCGUCUAACGUGGGAGAAGGAAGCCUUGAUAAAUUACGUAAUAUAAUAGGAUAUCAUGAUGCCAAGACACC